UUUUGUGUUGGCUCUUUCACCACUCCCACCCAGUGGGCUAGUCUCUCUCCAUCUCUCUCUUGUUGAAGAAGGCAAAGAGUGCACUGUUCUUGGUCGACAGUGUUCUAGAUCUGCACGUAGUCGUAACAACGAGUGCUGAUGACUUCUGGCUGUCAAUUAAUUAUUUUUAGCAUUUUGUGAGUGAUCAGGAUCUGUUGCACGUUGCCUGCCCUUGUAUUUGUAAAGGCGAUAGGAACAAACCUCUAGCGUAAUCCGAGGAGACAUGUUCAGUAGCUGGUGGUCAGGGGAGAAGUCACCAGAUGGUGAGGGAGGGGAUUCUGCAGCACCUGAUCCAUCUGAUGAUGUAGCAACCGCUGCAAAAGAGUCUGGGAAGGCUGCUCUGGAUGGUCUGUGGAAUGUCGUGUCCAAAGUAGCAACAACUGUGACAGACAAUGUACCGGGUAUUCUUGCUGACUUCAGUGCUGAGGAGGAAAAAUUCAAAAGGCAGAAAAGACAUCGACACACUGAUGCUGCUGUACCGCCGUGGGUUGGUUACAAUGAGGAGGAAAUAAUGCGGACACAAAUACUGGCAUUGUCCACGGAUAAGAGGAAUUUCCUGCGGAAUCUACCAGCGGGUGUUCAGUUCCACUUUGACUUUGCAGUCAGCUUCCCAGUAGCCAACGCCAUACUUGAAGAAGACCCUAUGCUUGAGAAGAUGCGCUUUGAACUCGUGCCUAAACAAGUGACGGAGGAGAUCUUCUGGAGAAACUAUUUCUACCGGGUGUCCCUGAUCAAACAAUCGUCGCAGCUCUCUACGUUAGCGACGCAACAGAAUGCUGAGCUCUCAGAGGCUCUGGCUGAGGAUGCAGCAGCAGCAGCAGGAGCUAGCAGCGGCAGUCACAGUGAUCUAACCAGUGUUAGCCCUGCUGCUGGGGCAUCAUCGUCAGGUUCAGACGUGGGUGCUGCUGCUGAUGUUGCAGAACAUGAGGAACCUGAGGAGAACGCUGCAGCAGAGUUCAUCAGUGAUGACUUUGUAGCUGAUGCGGCUGAUGGAGCUCAAGACGAGUGGGAGAAAGAACUUCAUCAGGAGCUCAAGGAUCUUGGAAUGGAUGAUCUCGAGGAGAUUGGGGACUUGCCCGAGGGUGAUGAAGUUAAUGAUGCAGAAUGGGAGAAGGAAAUCCAAGCAAUGUUGGAUAUGGAAGAGCCGACCACCACAUGAUUCGACGACCCUAUCCUUCUUCCCUGCGCUCAUUCUGUUUCCUGCACGUGUGUGUAAGUCCAUGGCGAGGUGUGUGUGUGUGUGUUUGUGUGUGUGUGUGUGUGUGUGUGUGUGUGUGUGUGUGUGUGUGUGUGUGUGUGUGUGUGU